AUACUCGUGCGGUGCGACCGUUGUGCCCGAUCCGGCAAAUUGUCAUCUUGCCCUUGUCAGGUACGUCCGCCAUGGGAUCUACUUUCGUGGAGCGUUCUGGAUCAUGGAUGACUGCGAGGCGUACUAGGAUGGUGGUAUGCAGCUACAACGGUCUGGGUCGUCGGUCUAUAGCUUGCGAAUCUUGGUAGAUGCCGGAGAACUGCUUUUCUCUAGGCUUAUCCGUUCUCCCUGCACGGGGUUCCUUUCACUUCCCAGAAGAGGAUCGCUACCACCUCCCAUCGGCUUCGUUGCAAACUUGUGGGUAUGGAUUUUAUUGCUUUCUUUACCCCUCCCUAUUUUUUGAAGUAAAUGCAGCCAUUGUCUUUCCAAGUCUUUGCAUGUCUUUCGUGCUGGACGAGACAGCUGUUCUUGCCAUUAGCUGGGGACGCUUCAAGAAAGCAAGCCAUGUUGCAUCCCGUGGUCGUCUCAUGCGACCUUUCAGGGGCCUCAGCACGCGACAGAAGAAGGCUGUACGGAGUACACGGGCGCCAAGCUCGAUUGGCCUUAAUACGCGUUCACAUAUACAGUGCGACCCGAUCUUGACUCAUGAUUAUCCUGAUCAGCACAUAGCGACCGUGGAAUUAAGGCGCCAACCCGGUCAAAUCACUGCCCGUCGACUCCUACGAUGGUUUCUGUGAAGCCGAGAUCGGUACAGCCUCGGCGUCGACAGUGUGGUUCUAUUCGGUGUCGUUGACGA